AUGUCCCGUGUGGGCGAUAACAGUAAAGCAAUGAAUAAUGCUGACAUGAAAUUGUUCUCCUUGUCGAUAGUGACACAACAGUUGCAUAUAUUUUAUGAGUUCACCUAUAUGUGGUUCCCCGAGUCCCCUCGCUGGUUGGCCUGCAGGGGCCGCGAGCAGGAGGCGCUGGCCGUGCUGCGGCGCAUCGCCGCCACCAACGGCUCCGCGGUCGCCCCGUUCACCUCACGGGUGCUCCAUGCCGUGGCGAAGAGCAAACGGGACCGGAAGGGCUUCCUCAGCAUCUUCUCCAGCUGGAACCUUCUCCGAAACACAGUGGUGCUCAUUAUUGCCAGGGCGGUGUACCUGCUGACGUCUCUGGCGCUAGUGCUGAGCGUGGGCUUGCUGAGCGUCAACCCUUUCCUGACGGUGUCCGUGCAGGGUGUGGCGCAGCUGCCGGCCUUCAUCGCGGUCCACUACUGCGCCUCCAGGUUCGGCCGGCGCUGGUCCGCUGCCGCCUGUCCACUGCUGGCCGCAGUCGCAGGGGCUGUUCUCGUGCUGAUGGUGACCACGGGUACCUCCGGCAUCGCCCUGACCGCGGUGGCCUUUGUGAUGCAGUUCUUCACAACUGCGAGUGGUGGCUUAUCACACCUGCAGAGCGCGGAAGUGCACCCCACGUGCCUCCGGCAGAUUACUGCCAGCCUCGAAUGGUCGAUCGCUGCCAUCUUUCUCUCCCUCCUUCCGUACAUAGUCUUCAAGGCUGGAUCUGUAGACGAACGGCUGCCAUUUGCCAUCCUGUCGGCACUCAAUGUACUGGCAGCUGUUUCCGUGUCGUUCUUGCCAGAAUCAGCUCUGCAAAGGCUUCCGGAGACCCUGAAGGAUGCUGCAGUAUUUGGACGAGGUCGUCGUUACUGGAGCUGGAAGCCUAAGCCACCACCGAUUUCUGCAACAGAGCAACAUGUUCUCACAUGA